CCCACACACGUACAUAUAUAGCUGUAUUUCGCCUGUGUCACCCUCCUCACUUCAAUCAACGUUCCCCUGUCCCCCUCCCCCUCUCUCUAGUUUCUGCUUUUGCUUUCAGCCAUGGCGACUCAAGGUCAAGUAAUCACCUGCAAAGCGGCGGUGGCCUGGGAACCCAAUAAGCCACUCGUUAUCGAGGACGUGCAGGUGGCUCCACCGCAGGCCGGUGAGGUCCGAAUCAAGAUCCUCUUCACUGCUCUCUGCCACACUGAUGCCUACACUUGGAGUGGCAAGGACCCUGAAGGUCUCUUCCCAUGCAUUCUUGGCCAUGAGGCUGCUGGGAUUGUGGAGAGUGUAGGUGAAGGCGUAACUGAAGUUCAGCCUGGUGACCAUGUUAUUCCCUGUUACCAAGCAGAAUGUCGAGAAUGCAAGUUUUGCAAAUCCGGGAAAACAAAUCUCUGUGGCAAAGUUCGGUCUGCGACUGGAGUUGGAGUCAUGAUGAAUGAUCGCAAGAGCCGUUUCUCUGUAAAUGGAAAGUCUAUCUAUCAUUUCAUGGGAACCUCAACAUUUAGCCAGUACACUGUUGUUCAUGAUGUCAGUGUUGCAAAGAUUGAUCCAAAAGCUCCUUUGGAGAAAGUUUGCCUUCUGGGGUGCGGUGUUCCCACUGGUCUUGGAGCUGUUUGGAACACUGCAAAAGUAGAACCAGGGUCUACAGUUGCUGUUUUUGGGCUUGGGACUGUCGGUCUUGCAGUUGCAGAGGGUGCAAAGGCAGCUGGUGCUUCACGUAUCAUUGGCAUAGAUAUUGACAGCAAUAAGUUUGAAAGAGCAAAGAAUUUUGGAGUUACUGAAUUUGUGAAUCCAAAGGAUCAUAAGAAACCAAUUCAACAGAUCAUUGUUGAUCUCACGGAUGGUGGUGUUGACUACAGUUUUGAGUGCAUUGGGAAUGUCUUAGUUAUGAGGGCGGCUUUGGAGUGCUGCCAUAAGGGCUGGGGAACAUCGGUCAUUGUCGGUGUUGCAGCAUCAGGGCAGGAGAUAAGCACCCGUCCUUUUCAGUUGGUGACUGGCCGUGUAUGGAAAGGCACAGCUUUUGGCGGUUUCAAGAGUCGUUCCCAAGUUCCUUGGCUUGUAGAGAAGUACUUGAAGAAGGAAAUAAAGGUCGAUGAAUACAUUACUCACAAUCUGACUCUUCAGGAGAUCAACAAGGCAUUUGAUCUGCUGCAUGAAGGGGGUUGUCUCCGGUGCGUGCUUGCAGCGCAUGAAGUAUAAAGUAUUAAAAGUGUUCUUUUUACUUUGUGGAGUGGACUUCUUGCUUUGCCUACCAAGCUGGACUUCUUGUUGAUGAGUAAAAUAAUAAUGUUUAGUGUGAAAGAUUCCUCUUAUGUCUGCGAUUGUCUCUAUCAACUAUAUAUGAGUUUGUGAAUGAAAGUCCGUAUCUUUCCUUGA